UUCUGCUAAGCUUUCUUUGUGGUGGAAGAUGUGCACUUGUAUUUUCUUGUUGAUGUCACAAUAUAACGUUACCUGUAAAGUUUGAUUGCGCGCCAUUCUUGUUCCUUCAUUCAUGUUAAGUUUUUAAAGGACUUGGAAUGCCUUUUCAGCUUCCUUUUGGUUUUCCCAUCUGAGUGAUCGGUUGCUCCGCGCCUUCGGGCUUUGUGUUGCGAAUCUCCCGUCGCCAACAAACUGUGUGAUCGCAAAGUUAUUAUUCCACGUUUUAAAACACGUGAUGAAUUGGAGGAAGUGUCUCCCGUCCGAUUAACGUAUCCUUACUAAUUACAUAUGUUCAUAUUUCCAGGCAUGUAGGAUUAAAGAUAUUCUCAUACAAAAGGCUGUCAAAAUAUCACAAGUGUUUUUUUUUCUUCGAGCUUAGCUAGUGGCUAGUGCCAGUUGACUUCUGUCGUUUGUGGUCCAGAAAUUUAAUCCUUGUUGGACUGAUGCAGAAAUACCUAGUUGAUUGAUAUGCAGUAUCAUGGGAAGUCACUGUAGAGAAGACCGCAGAAAGGUUCAGUUCUUGACGAAGGAGGCUCCAAGUUUGCGUGGUGUCUCGAAGAUUUUGUUCAGAGCAUCGGGGCUCUCAAUUCGCACUCGCCUCUAUGUGCGGACCAGUUCCUGAAGCCCAUGGGGCUCCCAUACCCGCGGUAAAUCCUCGAACUAAAAGAAGAAAAUCUUUUAAAGGGAGCUUCAUUGGUGGAAACCAUAAAAUUUUAAUAAGUUCCAUCGACCCAGUUGAUAAGAGCAUACCAAAGUUGCCACUAUUUUCAGACUCGAGCGGCGAGGGCGAGUCUAAGCAACGAGCAAAAUGUCGAGGAUAUUGCUGUAGGUCCAACAGUCCAGAGUUUGAGAGGAAGUGUGUCAAUGUUGAGUUAUGUGAGACAAACGACAGGUUGACGGCUGCUAGGGAUCCUUACUUCAAGUCUGUCGAUUCCACUUAUUAUACAGCGUCUCGUGGCAGGACUAAACGUGAUGCUUGUGGUGCUCCAUCGGCGUUCAAGUGCUGCGCAAGGAGAACAGAAUUACGCCGUCCAUAUAGACAAGUGUUACUUUGCAGUUUAUGUAAUUCAAUGAAAGAAAUACACCAGAUUUUUUUCAAGUUUUUCAAGAUUAUUCUUCUGUUACUCCUGACAGACUCAAGUUUCGCCAUUACCGAGGGGCUGGUGCUGAGCGCCCACAUCCGUCACUUCGAGCCCGUGUUCUUCGAGCGCUCGUUGCUGCAGCAGCAACACGCACGGGUCAAGCGGGACGUCGACCACGAACUGCAACUGCGCUUCCACGCACACAAUAGGCUCUUCCAUCUUCGCCUGCGUCGCGACGCCAGCGUCUUCAGCCCCGAUGUGGAGUUCGAGUCCUCCGAUGGCGCCGUCAACUUCGACAUCCAUAAAACUUACAGCGGAUACCUUCACGACGACGACCAGACUGAGGUGGAAGGGCUGGUGACGUCGGACGGGCUCUUCGACGGCCAUAUCCGCUCGCCCAACGAGCUGUACUACCUCGAACCCGCUCACAGGUACUUGAAGGACGUAGAGUUCCACUCUGUGAUGUACAAAGCGUCGGACGUGCUCGACCCCAGCAGCGACGACUGCGCUUCUCAGAAGCUUCACGACCGCGGAGGUCUUCGCUAUACCGACGACACCUACAGAAAGAAUAACAGUGCGGAUAAUUCUGCUGCUGUUGCUGCUAGCGGCAUACAUCCUAAGCUUCUGGCGGCCGUAAGCGCGAGAAACAAGAAACUUUCUUUGGAACAACAGGGAUUAGAAGACGAGGGUGGAUCCAACGGUCUUCAGAGCCCAGAAUAUCAAGAGAAGAGCCUUAAGAACGCUCGGUUGUUUAUUGAGCAGCAUAAUGCCCCUGCACCCUCCUCAAGUGCGGCCAGCCCCGGGGACUGGGUUGGGGAAGAAAAAAUAAAAGGCAGGUCUACUAAUCGGCUUUUCCCUGAGCUCUUGAAGAUGACGCCUCCACACAACUCCACGCGAUUCAAGAGGUCUGCGGUCGACCCCAGCAAGACGACCUGCAUGCUCUACCUGCAGGCCGACCAUCUCUUCUACGAGCGCAUCGGGUCCGAGGAGGCCUGCAUCGAGUCCAUCACCCGUCAUGUGCAGCGCGUCAACUCCAUCUAUAAAGUGACAGAUUUCGACCGGGACGGCAAGCCUGACGACAUCCGCUUCAUGAUCAAGAGGAUCAAGAUCCACAACCAGCACGCGCUCAGCGACCCCGCCUACAGGUUUCCCAACAACUACGGCGUAGAGAAAUUCCUCGAGCUCUUCUCAGAAGAAGAUUACGAUUCCUUCUGCCUUGCCUACAUGUUCACGUACAGAGACUUUGAAGGCGGCACGCUGGGCCUGGCAUGGACCGGCGACCUGAAGAACGCUGGGGGCGUGUGUGAGAAGAACGGCCACUACCGCGGCAGUCUUAAGUCUCUGAAUACGGGGAUCGUGACUCUACUGAACUACGGCAAGCACGUGCCGCCGGCCGUGAGCCACGUCACACUUGCCCACGAGAUCGGCCACAACUUCGGCAGCCCGCACGACCCUGAGCACGACACCACGUGCACACCUGGUGGCGAGGACGGCAACUACAUCAUGUUCGCCAGAGCCACGAGCGGCGACAAGCUGAACAACAACAAGUUCUCGCCGUGUUCCCUGAAGAAGAUCAACAGCGUCCUGAACAGCAAGGCGCGCGACUCCAAGGGCUGCUUCACCUUCCCGCAGGCCUCAAUCUGCGGCAACGGGGUAGUGGAGGCUGGGGAGGAAUGUGACUGCGGGUGGGAGGAAGACUGCGACGACCAGUGCUGCUUCCCCAUGGUCACCAACCCCAGGAAGGGGCACCGCCCCUGCGAGCUGCGCCCCAACAAGAUAUGCUCACCCUCUCAGGGUCCAUGCUGCACGCACGAAUGUUUGCUCAAGGAGGGCAACAAAUGCAGGGACGACAACGGCUGCCGUGACACGGCCUUCUGUGACGGCCGGGGCCCUCAGUGCCCCCCAUCCGUCAACAAGCCUAAUAAGACGAUAUGCAACAAGGAGUUCGUAUGCUACCGAGGGGAGUGCACAGGCAGCAUCUGCCUGGCGUACGGCCUGGAGAGCUGCCAGUGCCACCGCAGCGCCGGCGACCCCGACACUAAAAGCUGUGAGCUCUGCUGCAAACUGCCUGGCGAAGACCAGCCUUGUCUGUCCUCGUUUGACUGGAACGUCUACCCUUACAACAUCCCCGACAUGUACGCCAAGGCGGGCACUCCAUGCGACGACUACAAGGGAUACUGCGACGUGUUUAAGAAGUGCAGAGAAGUUGACCCGUCGGGGCCAUUAGCCACCCUGCGCAAGUUGCUGCUGAGCGACGAGUCCCUAGCGAGCCUGCAGGAGUGGCUGCAGCAGCACUGGUGGGCCGUCACUCUGCUGCUGCUCGCUGUCCUCGUCCUCUUGCUGGUGAUCGUGCGCGUGUUUGGCAAGCAGCCGUGGGGCAGGAUGAGGAAGUCGAGCAGGUCAGCCCGCAAGAGGAAGAAGACUGUCAUCCACAAGAAUCCUACCAAUGGGAUACAGUAUCCUGCAAUGAGUCCUGCAGCCUCAGGAGCUGUCCUAGACUCUGCGAACUUCGUGGUGCACCCGACCGUCGUGCGCACCAACCUGCCGUUCAAGCGGCGUGUCAACGAAGUGAGGCGCGCGGCGACCAAGGCCAAGAGGGCGGCUAAGAGUACGCUUGGCAGGCCCAGCAGGAAGGCUGCUAAACGAGGCGAGUCAGCGGCCGGCAAAAGAAGUGAUCAAAGCGCGGCCAAAAAAGGUGAUGAGACCGGCGGGAAGAGAGCAGUUUGCGUGGACCGGCGUGCAGAAGCUUCCACCACACAAGCCUCUGGUGGUGCUAGCGGAGCGACUACAGCCGUUGCUACGGCCGCCGUACAUGCCAAUGGCAUUACAACCGUCCACGCCACCUCUGCUGCAGCCAUUCCUUCCACUUCCGCUAAGCCAAAGCAAAAAGAGAGUCUCUCUAGUAGAUUUUCCAUAAUUAAUUUUAAAUCUUUUAGACCUAAGAGCCUUAGUCCAGAUAAAUAUAAGAUAACGAUAAUAGAUAAACGAAAAUUGAAGAAACAAAUACGAUCUAAAUCUGCUGGCAAAAAACCCGACCCGAGAGGACUCAGUCCCGAGAAGCACAGACGAGAGCAUGAGACCAAAGUAGCCUCCAUGGACCUGGUGGACCAUGCACACCGCAACAGAAGUCCGCAGAAGAGGGCCACCAUGGACGAUGAUCGGCGUCAGAACCGAUAUCGUGGAGGAGCGCCCGCCUCUCGCAGUCCCAACAAAGCUCGCCGUCAGACGCUGCCUACGGCCGACCUGAGCCGAGUCAGAGGUCGCGACAAGCUCCAAGUGCCUUCAGUUGAGGGGAACUGGCUCAUCCAAAAGUUUUUGGCAGACGAAGAAAGGAUUGCCAAGCCUUACGCGGAAGGGUCUUUUGGUGGCUCCGUCACAUCCAUGAAUGCACUCAUUAAUGGAAGCUGUAAUGGUAGCCCGGUAAUGCCACGUAUCGGUUACGGGUCAUCUCGCGCUCUUCUCCAUGACUCGGUGACCGCUAGUCCUGUCAGAGGCAUUGUUAAUGAAGCGUUCUUAAGUUCUCCACGUGGUGCUAGAACUCACAGUUCCCUAAGAGUUACUAAAUCGGUGAGCCCUGAUGACGUGGACCUUGUCUUCAAUUCUAAUAAAUACCGCCGAUCCAUCAGCAUGGAAGCUUACAGUCAAGCCGCUGUUAGCCCUGAUAAACGAAAACGCCCCAAAAGAGACGAGGGAAGUAGUUCUGACAAGCGACGUAGGUUUAGUAGUCCCGAAAAGGCUAAAGAAUUGAAUGUAGUUGUUCCACGACGGUAUGAAUUUGGGGAGAGUUCGCAUUUUGGUAGAAAUUCUGCAUCACCUCUUUCUUCUCGAGCUGGUUCUACUCAGUCUUCUGGAUCUACUCACUCAACUUCAGGUGAUCGAAUCCCAAGAGAAAAACUCUCGGUUGUGACUGGCACAACUGGUGGCAGUGCCUUAAGUAUAAUGGAGCCUACAGAAAUUUUGGAAACAGCAAGUUUACACUCGGCUGGCAAGUCUGUUUUAGACACGGCCAGCUUGCACUCAAGUCAAAGAGCGAUUCUUGAGACCCCAAGCCUACGAAGUUCGAGUAGCAAGAUCCUUCCAGAUACGUUAAGUUUGCGGUCCAACAGCAGAGAUGCCGCGAUCAGUGGCAGCCCCGCGUCCAGUGCCAAUUGUCUCCCUGACUCGAUGAGUUUACAUUCUAGUGGCAAAAGUUUGCUGCUUGACAACAGCAGCCAUCACUCGAGGGAGAAAAUUCCUCCUGAUAACAAGAAGGAAGUUAUUUUCGGGGCUUCGCUUGUUGAGUCUGAAACUAAAAACACAAACUGAAUCUUAAUCUUGUAGAUUGUUCCAUAUAGUGUGAUAUCAGUAGGCCUAGGCGACCUUUUGACCUGCCAAUCAAGUAAAGUUUUUUAUUCAACGCGUGGCGAUUUUUGCAGCGCAAAUUUCUGCUACGUUGGUGCACCGAGUCUACUUCUACAGGACUUCCUUAGCCUUAAGCGUAUGCAAUAAAGUCGCUUCUCUCAGCUAAGUUCUUUAUUCCAUCAAAAAUGUCUCUUUUCUGUCUUUGGGCUUUCAUGAUGGACAAGAAUAUUUCAAUAUUUUCACUGGUGAUGCAGGCCGUUUAUACUCAUAGCAACCAGUGACUAGCAUUUAUUCAUACUGAAUAGAAUGUGUUUUAAAUAAUUGUGCCAACUGCCAGGAAUUUAUUGAAAUUAGAAUUCUUCUAAAAACUUCUUUGUUUGUCCUUCGCUCGGUCUGACGUAAUUCCAUCCCUCCGGCGAAGUUUUGUUCUAACUGAAUACUUUUGUUACACGUAAAUUUUGCAGAUUUGAUAAAGUCUAACAAUUCCUUGCUUGUUUGUUCCAAUUUUUCCAAUAUUAGCCAAAUACUAAAAAUGUUAUAAUUACGAGUGUUAGUUGACCGUUCUUCAACUCUUCAAUGCCGUGGGCCGAACUAUCAAAAAUAGUUGCGAGUUCUUAACUCCGUCAGCCAAUCACUGACUGCUGUGAAACCAACCGAUCAUAGACGGGAAAUCGGCUGCUACGUGUACUUAGACCGCUAUGUGUACUUAGGUAGCUACAUGUACUUGAGCGCGUUUUGAUAGUACGGCCCUAGGGAUGCCAUGCGAUGUAUGCGCAGUGGAUUUAAUGACUGGCCCUCAGGUUGUGGUGGGCGCUUGUAGUGGCAUUAUUUUAAUUAAUAUUCUGUUGUCACGAGUGUUCAGAGAGUUUUUGCUUGCUCGUGCUGAAUCCUUUGCAUUUCAGAAAUCAAAAUACGCCAUUACUUAGGAGCCAACUUUGCAAACAGAGUUUCUUCUUAAGAGUAAUAGUUAAAGUAUUGAACGAAUAGGACGUUUCUUAUUUGUGAAUUCGAGAAACUUGAUAAACUCGCUGAAGAUAAUUUUUUUUGGAUAUUAAUUGAUAUUUAUGUUUGAUAUCAAGUAAUUAUUUGUUAUGUUUGUGCUACUCUGUGUGCCUCUUGUCCAUUCCAUUCUCCGUGUCUAACAUCUUCCAAGAUUGUAACCUUAGAAAGUAUUUUAUAAAUAGCAUAUUUCAUAUUCGUUGUGAGCGUAUCGUAGUUGAUCGUACGUACUUCCCUGUUUUAAUCGCGGUUUGAUGUUACGUGAAUUAAUUAACAUUCUUGAUGUAAAAGGACGACAGCGCGCUUGGUAGAUUUUUGUGAUCCUACUGAGAUCGGAGGCGCCUCAACCCAAAGCACCGUUAGCACAAAUUGAAAAUUUCUUGCCUUUUUUCCAGAAGGGUUCUGUAAUAUCACUUUCUUCAUUAAAUGUUAUUGAAGAAACUAUAUUACACAUUUAUCAAAAACUUGGUAUAAUACUAGUAUUCCAACAUCGCUCAAAUUAUUUGCGGACAAUGUAACUUUAUUAUUAUAAACGUUUGGCAUAUCCUUAAUUGUUUCUUGAAAGAUUUCGUCUCCUAUAAAGCUUAAUCUGAGGGACUGCAUAAAUGUCAGCAAUAUGUUUUUUUUUUCAGGAGACGUGUUAUUAAUAAGGUAAAUGAUACGGCGCUAGGCCUGAUAGCGAGUGAUAUUUUAGUGUAUCAUUUUGCAAGUCAGAUACACGCUUGAACAUCAAGCAUCUCAGGCAAUACAAAGCCCGUAUAUUUUGACUCGCGAAGAGACAAAUUGCAAAUAAUUGGACUAGCAAUCUCUAAAAGGAAAAUAUUAUUGUCAGUUUGAAACUCAUUAUAGUUUCCAACUCGAGUUAAUAGUCAUAGUCUUUUAUCAAGAACAGCGCGGUUCCAUACAAUCGAGCUCCAGACUGAGCCUUUGUACUCACGAAGUCGAGUGUCGUCUUUUAAUUUGUAUUUGUAUUUAAACCAACCCUUGGCUGAGAUUACUAGAAUAGGCCAUACUUUUUCCAAGUUGCUUUAAUGCGUGUACUUAACUUAUUGUAUUAAACUAUAGAUCUCUGUACGAGUAAAUCCAUUAAUAUUAUACUAACUCAUGCCAUUUGUACCAACGUUUGAACUUUUGACAAUAAAAUUUACAAGCCAACUACGA